AUGCUUAGAGGUCGUGUGCCUUCCAACCUCUACUCUCACCUCAAUGCACUGCGGUAUUCAACCAAGCCUCACCAGCCACCUCCAUGGCGACCUUCUGUCGUGCUUGAUGAGUGGGUAGACAGAGACGUGCGUCCAAUUAGUCUGCGCCAAUUGACAUUUUUUGGUCGCACUCUGACUGAGUCUCGCUUGAUAAGCUCUGCCAAUUAUGUUCGAACUGAGCUGCCCACAAGACUCGCUCAUCGUCUGCGCGACAUGCAAAAGCUGCCAUACGUGGUUGUCUCGAACCCUCAUAUCUCGAUCGUGUACGAACUCUAUUACAAAGCCUUUGAGAAAAGUAGGAGGGUUCCUGAGAUUAUCACCCUGGAUGACAAUGACCGCUUCUGUGAGGUCUUGCGGGAGAUGCUGAAAGAACAUCUAGCCGUGAUUCCGAAUCUUGCCAUGGGAGUCCUCGAAUGCCAGGGACUUGUGAAACCAGACGAACUGGAUAGAUUCAUGAACACUAUGCUUCGUGCUAGAAUAUCGCGCCGCGUAAUUGCAGAACAACAGCUUGCUUUGACAGAAACUUUCAAUUCGCCGGACCAUUUCCCCGACUCGGCUGCCAGCACUGAUCUCAACGCUGAUUUCGUUGGCGAAGUUUUUCUCAAGUGCAAUGCAAAAGACGUUGUCGAGCGAUGUGGAAAGUUCGCACAAGAAUUGAUGCGUCAGAGCUCUGGGUCUAACAAAAUUCCCUCAAUUAAUGUCAAGGGACACCUCUCAACCACUUUCCCGUACAUUCUUGGCCACUUAGAGUACAUCGUUGGCGAGCUUCUGCGAAAUUCCAUUCAAGCUGUUAUGGAAAAGUAUCGAGAUUCACCCUUGGAACCUCCUUCAAUUGAGGUCCUUAUCUGCGAAGCGCCACAACAUGUCAUCCUGCGCAUAUCCGAUCAGGGUGGAGGCGUUCCUAGGGAGAUCUUUCCGCACUUGUGGUCAUUCAGCAAAGGGCCACGGACUCGGGAUCGCCUAGAGAAUCUCGGUCAGGUGCCAACCCUCGCUGCGACCAUGCAGGAACUUGAGCUUCCUCACGAUAAAAAGGCCGUCAAUAAAGAUCCCUUACACGAAGGGUCCUUGGCCACAUUGAGUUCACGCUCACCGAAUCUUCGUCUGGGUAUGGGCCUGCCUAUGAGCAGGGUCUAUGCCGAAUACUGGGCUGGGAGCCUAGAACUGCACAGCCUGGAAGGGUAUGGAGUGGACGCUUUUCUACAGAUCUCAAAGCUCGGCAACAAGAACGAGCAAGUUACCACGCGGGCUUCGGUGGAUGCAGUUUGA